UCUAGUUACACGUUUCUCGUUACUCGACGACAUGGCGCGUUUAACUAUAAUUACCAUAUUUUUAAGCUUUUUUGUGUUUCAUCAUGGUGAUGCGGCAAAUAUUCUCGCUGUCUUUCCAACACAGAUGAAGUCUCAUUUUAUCGUUGGAAAACAUUUGUUGAAGGAAUUGGCACUAGCAGGACAUGAUGUUACCGUUAUCUGUCCUUUUAAGAUAAAGAAUCCGCCGAAGACGUAUCACGAGAUUACGACAACGAUUCCUGAUCAGUCCUUCAUAGAUUACGCAAAUGCUGUUUCCAAGACAGAAUCCAUUGACCCUUCAAUGUUCUUCAAGUUCCUCAAAUGGGGUAUGGAUGUUAACGAAGCAACUUUAAAAGAUCCUGCUGUUCAAAAAUUGAUGAAAUCCGGCAAAAAAUUUGAUGUUAUGUUGUACGAACUGUUCAUUAACGAAGCUAUUCUUGGUCUGGCACAUCAUCUCAAAGUUCCAGUGAUUGGCGUCUCCACAUUAGGUUUAAGUGCAUUUGUCACAUAUUACACGGGAUCCAAUAGCCCAAACUCCUUUGUGCCAAACUUGAUGCUUGGUUUGCCCGAAGAAAUGAGUUUCAAAGAACGUCUCAUUAAUACAAUCGGAAAUUUGUAUUUCGAUGUCAUGAUGAAAGUUUAUUUUGAUCCAGCGAAUGAAAAGUGUUAUCAAGAGAAUUUCCCAGAUCCAAAGCCAACAUUGGACGAAUUACGGAGAACUGCUGUUUCCAUGGUUUUAACCAACAGUCACAUUAGUUUGAAUGGUCCGAAACCGUUCAUGAGUAACGUUGUUGAAGUUGGAGGAAUUCACAUUGAUGAAAAGCUCAAACCUUUACCUGAAGAUCUUCAAAAGUUCCUUGAUUCCAGCGAUGAAGGUGUCGUUUAUUUCUGUAUGGGAAGUACUAUUAGUCCGAAUGCAAUGCUACCAGAAAAACGUGAUGCUAUUAUCAAAGGUCUCAGUUCCAUCAAGGAAAAAGUCGUAUGGAAAUGGGAUCAUGAAUCCGGCAAAACAGUUGAUCCUACAAAAUUUUACACUUCAACAUGGUUGCCACAAAAUGAAAUUCUCGCUCAUAAAAAUGUCAAACUUUUCAUCACGCACGGUGGGCUUCUCGGAACUACAGAAGCCGUUUAUCACGGAGUCCCAUUAAUGGGAAUUCCAAUGUUUGCCGACCAAAAAACCAACAUGGUCAGUUUUCGUCAUACCGGAUUGGGACUUUUGCUGGAAUAUACAAAUUUAACUGAAACUUCCUUCAAGGAAAUGUUGGACGAAAUGCUCGCAACUGAUAGGUAUCAAAUUAAAAGUAAAGAAGUUGCUAGGAGAUUUAGAGAUCGACCAUCGAAUGCUCUUCAAACAGCAAUUUACUGGAUAGAGUAUGUGGUGCGACACAAAGGUGCUAAAUUUAUGCAAUCAUCAGCGUUAAAGUUGAACAAUUUGCAAUACUACAAUUUGGAUGUUUAUGGAUUGAUGGCGUUUGUUGUGUUUUUGGUGCUUUAUUUGCCGUACAAAUUAGUAAAAUGUAUUUGUUGUCGCCGAAAAACGGGAAAAAGUAAGACUGAGUAACCAGACUUGAUGUGAUUGAAGUACUUUUUUAAAUAAAUUUAAAG